UGGCUGAAAAGGCCAGAAAUAAUAAACUUCAACCACACGAAUUCCAGGGUGGAACAAUUACAGUAUCAAAUCUCGGAAUGUUUGGUGUCAAGAAUUUCUCUGCCAUUAUUAACCCUCCUCAAGCUUGUAUUUUAGCUGUUGGAAAGGCAGAGAAACAAGUUCUGGUAGAUGAAGAUAGUGAAAAGGGGUACACUACCGGAACAGUAAUGUCGGUCACACUGAGCUGUGAUCAUCGUGUUGUGGACGGUGCCGUCGGGGCGCAAUGGCUGGCGGUCUUCAAAAACUAUUUAGAGAAGCCCCUGACAAUGUUACUGUGAUGAGCGGGGCAAGUUAAAGAUCAUAGACUUACUGCGUCAGAAUUAUAAUACUACUCCACAUUAUAAAAAGAUGACUGGAUAUUGUAGAAAAUUAAAGAAUUUGGGUGGGUAAGGAAGCGGUUUGUGCGCAUGCCUGUUACGGUAACUGCAUGGGUAUCUAGUGUUUGAUGAUUGGUUAAAAAGAAUCGUGCAACAUGAGCACUAACCAAUCAAAACGAGGCUGUUUUCCUCAGCCAAUCACGUAUCAAAGGUAAACGUGAUUCUUUCCCGUGCUUUCCACGGUUUCCGUGCGCUUGCCGUCACGUGUUUAUGUCCUGCGAUCUUAUUUGUUUAUGACGGCAUUUGCACAUGUCUUUGUCAAUGAUAACUAGCAGUUUUUAAAGAAAGAACGUGACUGAUUGCAUGAAUAUAGUCCUCAAUAUUAUAAAU